CUGUGUGUGUGUGAGAGAUUGUGUGUGUGUGAGAGAUUGUGUGUGUGUGUGUGAGAGAGAGAUCGUGACCCUGCGUGUGUGAUUGUGAUGACACGUGUAAUGGGCUGUCUGUGGUGCUGGCAGGAGCAACUGUAGUGGUUUAAGUGGCUGUGAUACGUGUGUGAGAAUGGUGGUGUGUGUGGCUGGAUGUGUGUGUGGUGGCGUAAUUAUGGUCUGUGUGAUUGUGAUGAUACGUGUUUGUGUGUAUGAUGAUGAAGUGUGUGGUGGGGUGUGCGUGAUCAGGAUGAAGGAUAUGGUGGUGUGUGUGAGAGAGAACGAGCUGAGAGUUUGGUGAGGUGUGUGAUCAUGAUGUGUGUGGUUCUUGUCUAACCUGACUUCUCUGUAGCAUGUCACAGAGUUUGUAACUGCUUCAAAAAAAAGCAUUUCUGUGUUUGGUUUCUAGUGGUUCGCCCUAUGCAUUGGCUACUCCUUUUCAGUUUCCUUUCCAGGCUCAUCAUUAUCUCAUCAUGGUAUAGCUUGCUUCUUUUCUAGGAGGGGUUCAGAUCUGCCCCACAUGAGUCUUUCCUGGGGCUCUGGCUAAAGGGACAGUGGUUACCAGGGCAUGAUCUUCUCAUAAGGAACCUGGUGGCACAGUGGUUAAAGCACUCUGCUGCUUACGGAAAGGUGGGAGGUUGGAACCCACCAGCCCCUGUGCAAGAGAAAGAUGUGCCAGACUGUUUCUGGAAAGGCUUACAGCCUUGGAAACCCUAUGGGGCAGUUCUGCCCUGUCCUGUAGGGUCGCUGUGAGUUGGAAUUGGCAGUGGGUGGAUCUUCUACUGGUGGAUCACCAAAGCGCAAGACCACAAAACAAAUCAUGCAAACACCGUUAGAACCUGUGCUCCCAGGUAUACAGAUAUUAGCCCAAGCACAUCAUGUGCCUAAGCUUAACAUCAGCAGGAUGGGAAAACACACACAGCAGGAGGGCGUGGCAAAUAGCGUGAAUGUACAAGCCUAUCACAAGUGAAGCAUUGGGACCAAGCCGUGCAAUGCUUAAGCACUUGGCUGCUAACUGAAAGGUCGUCAGUUUGAAUCCACCAGCUGGAAACCCUAUGGGGGCAGUUUUCUACUCUGCCUUAUAGGGUCACUAUGAUUAAGAAUCGAUGGGUUUUAUUAGGAAUGAAGAAUUAGGACCAUUAUUCCAGUCUACCACAUUAAGAAACAUGCCAAUUUAUCCUGGUGAAUGCUUUUUAGUACAAGUUCUUUUUUGUCUAAUAGUAUUGUUUAUGAGGUUUUGUUGUUACUGUAUUUUCCAGAAAUUUAAUUUUCUAACCUCUUUAUCUCGACUCGACGGCACUGGGUUUUUUAACCUCUUUAUGUCUUUGUUUCAGGUCUCUCUCUUGUAAAGAGCAUGUUGCUCGGCUUUUUUCCAUUUCAUCCUGUUUGACUGAUACUUUAAUAAAAUAGCUUGGCGUCCGCAGGACUGUGCCCUUUCCAGGGAAGAGGAGGAUAUGACCAGGUCUCAUGCAGGUCCUUGUCCUCAAUCUUCCCAUGGUCGAGGAGCUUUUCAGGCGCAGGGACCCCGGGUCCAAAGGACACACUCCGCUCCCGCUGCUGCAUGCUUCCUGGAAACAGUGACUUUUAAAGACGUGGCUGUGGACUUCACCCAGGAGGAGUGGCAGCAAAUGAAACCUGCUCAGAGGAACUUGUACCGGGAUGUGAUGCUGGAGAACUAUAGCAACCUAGUCACAGUGGGCUGUCAAGUCACCAAACCAGAUGUGAUCUUCAAGUUGGAGCAGGAAGAGGAGCCCUGGGUGGUAGAGGAAGGAAUGUUUGGGAGGCACUGUCCAGAAAUUUGGGAAGUUGAUGAGCAGAUCAAGAAGCAACAGGGAACACUUGUAAGGAAACUCACAUUCAUCUCCAAGAAAGCUCUGAUUAAAGAAAAAGUCAGCGAAUGCAAAAAAAUUGCAAAAAUAAUUCCUCUGAGCUCAGACAUUGCAACUUCGAGACAAAGCUUCUAUGAAUGUGACUCAGUUGAUAAGGAUUUGGAACAUAAUUUAGACCUACUUAGUUUUGAGAAAGACUGUGUAAGAGAGAAAAAUUAUGAAUAUAAUGAGUAUGGGAAACCAUUUUACCAUUUCUCAUCUCAUGUUGUAAUUCCUUUUAAGUGUAAUCGAUGUGGACAGGAGUUCAAUCAUAAAUUUGACCUCAUCAGACAUGGGAGAAUUCAUGCUGGAGAUAAACCCUAUCAAUGUAAAGAAUGUGGAAAAGCCUUUAGCAGGAAGGAAAAUCUUAUAACACAUCAAAAAAUUCAUACUGGGGAAAAACCUUUUAAGUGUAAUGAAUGUGGAAAGGCUUUCAUUCAGAUGUCAAACCUUAUUAGACACCAGAGAAUUCAUACUGGGGAAAAACCUUACGCAUGUAAGGAUUGUUGGAAAGCCUUCAGUCAGAAAUCAAAUCUCAUUGAACAUGAGAGAAUUCAUACUGGAGAAAAGCCCUAUGAAUGUAAGGAAUGUGGGAAAUCCUUCAGCCAGAAGCAAAACCUUAUUGAGCAUGAGAAAAUUCAUACUGGGGAGAAACCUUAUGCAUGUAAUGAAUGUGGUAGAGCUUUUUCUCGAAUGUCAUCUGUUACUCUACACAUGAGAAGUCACACAGGGGAAAAACCCUAUAAAUGUAAUAAAUGUGGAAAAGCCUUCUCUCAAUGCUCAGUAUUUAUUAUACAUAUGAGAAGUCAUACAGGUGAGAAACCCUAUGUAUGUAGUGAAUGUGGGAAAGCCUUCUCUCAAAGUUCAUCCCUUACUGUGCAUAUGAGAAAUCAUACAGCUGAGAAACCUUAUGAAUGUAAUGAAUGUGGGAAAGCCUUCAGCCGGAAAGAAAAUCUCCUUACACAUCAGAAAAUUCAUACUGGAGAGAAACCUUAUGAAUGUAAUGAAUGUGGGAAAGCUUUUAUUCAGAUGUCAAACCUCAUUCGACACCAGAGAAUUCAUACUGGUGAAAAACCCUAUGCAUGUACAGUAUGUGGGAAAACCUUUAGUCAAAAAUCAAAUCUUACUGAACAUGAGAAAAUUCAUACUGGGGAGAAACCAUAUCAUUGUAAUCAAUGUGGAAAAGCUUUCAGUCAGAGACAAAAUCUCCUUGAGCAUGAGAAAAUUCAUACUGGAGAAAAACCAUUUAAAUGUAAUGAAUGCGGUAAAGCCUUCUCUCGAAUCUCAUCCCUUACUCUUCAUGUGAGAAGUCAUACAGGGGAGAAACCCUAUGAAUGUAAUAAAUGUGGAAAAGCCUUCUCUCAAUGCUCGUUACUUAUUAUACAUAUGAGAAGUCAUACUGGCGAGAAACCCUUUGAAUGCAAUGAAUGUGGGAAAGCGUUCUCUCAGAGAGCGUCUCUUUCUAUACAUAAGAGAGGUCAUACAGGCGAGAAACACCAUGUGUACUGAAUGAGAGAAGGACUUCUCUUAAAUUCAAACCAUGCUCUAUUUAACUUUUAAAAUAUCUUGGAGUAAACUCAACAACAACAAAAAUUCACAAGAUCUUUAUGGAAAAAAAAAUAGUAAAACUGUUGAAGGGCAUAAGACUUGAAUAAAUGCAGAGGAAUACUAUGUACCUAAAUGGAAUAAUCCAAUAUCAUAAAAACUAUCAGUUCUCCCAAAUUAAUUGACUAAUGCAGUUCCAGACAAAAUCUCACAAGAAUAUUUUAGAAUAUUUACAAAAUGCUCCUAAAAUCAUGUGAAGUAGAAGUCUAUAGAUUGCUGAGAAAAUUUUGAAAAAGAACAGAGGAAACACCCUCAUAUCAUAUACUACACAUAUUAUAGAAGUUAUAGUCAUUCGAAAUUGUUUUUUAGGUAAAUAACAGGUUUUACAGAAUAGAGUGUCUAGAACAGUCCCCAGAAUAUAUGUGAACGUGGUGUUAGAGAAGACAUCGUAAGUAGGGAAACCAUUGCCUAGUCAGAACAAAUUGUUGAACUAUUUGACUGUCCAUAUUGGGGAAAAUAAAAUUACAUCCAAGCUUACAACAUAUAAAGAAACAAUUCAAAGGAUUUGAACACUGGACUGUGAAAAGCCAAACUUUGAAACUCUUCAGAGAAAAUACAGGAGAGUGUCUUUAUGACACUGAGGGAGGUAAGCAUUUUUUAAAAAUAAAAAGACCCCGCAAUUCCACUUCUUCAGCAUAUACAUCCUAAAGAAACUCACAAGUCUGUGUGUGUGUGUGUGUGUGUGUGUGUGUGCCUGAAUUGGAAACAACCUAAACAUUCAUUAGUGGGCAAUGGGUAAAUAAAAUGAUAUAUUCAAAUGAUGGGAUUCUAUACAACAGUUAAAGUCAGUUACAGUGUAACAUGUAUUUGUAAUAUGAAUAGUUAUCAGAAACAAUAUCAAAUGAAAAAAAUCAAGAUACAAAUGAUGUUGCAUAAUGACUUUAAUGUAAAUUGAAAUCAUUCACAAAGAACAGAACUAUCCUUUUGUUAUAUAUAUAUAUGUAUGUAAAACUAUCUAAAAUGACUAGCAGGGUGUAUACCAAAUUAUUGAUAUUGGUCAUGUCUAGCAUAUUGGGAUUGGGGAUACUGAUUGAAGGGGGCCUUUAGCUUUACUUGUAAUUUUUUAUGUCUUAAAUAGAAGACUGGUAACGUAUAAAAUAAAUCGUAAAAGUUAUGAUGUAUGAUGGUAAUGUGGGUGUCUUGUCUUAAUAGCAUUUUCUACUUAUAUCUCAGAAUUAGAGAGCCAGGGGAAAGCCUGUGCCUACAGAAAAUAAGUUAUAAUGGAUCCAUAUGCCUUAUCAGAUGCUAAAUUAUUUCACUGAAAUGUUUCCAGAAAUUUAAUUAGAAAUGAUAGUCAUGUUUAUUAUGUAAUAUAAAAUUAAUAUAUUUUCUCAUUUCUGUGAUCCAUAUUUUUUUACAUUGUAACAUUUCUGGAGUCAAGACUCAUACUUUCAACCAAUGUCUUAGGUUUAAGUAAAUAUGUAAUUAUUAAAAAUUUUAAAAUCAGAUGACAGUGUAACAGAUCAAAUAUGUUUUUACUUACAAUUUUAGAGCAUCAUGGUAUACUGUUCGUGUUCUCCAUCCAUUCAGCAUGUCUGGCAUUAUUUGAUAACAUAUUUGUUGUUUUCAUAACUAAUUAAUACUAGGUGCAGAGUAAUUGUGGAGAGAAUACGGUUUUCUGAGAAAUUGACUCUGGGAUGUUAGUUUUCUUGUCCAUACGUUGCCAUAUGACUAGCAUAGGCAUUAGUAUUUUUAAUUAUUAGAAUAUUUUGAAAUGAGAAAGGCUUUUUAUUUCUCUGAAGUGGCCAUAAGCAAUCAUGUAAAAUAGCUUCAAUCGUUUUAUUCCUUCUACAGCCCUUGAUUUAUACAUCCUCUCCAGUUUGGGUUGGAAGCAGUGGCGGUGGCCUCAGACGCUGGGUAAUAAAUAAUAACAUAGUUCCUCUGAAAGAGCCUGAUUCCCUGUGACAGUGCAUGAACCAACCGUUACUUCCAUUGAUGUUUUUAUUAUGCCAUCUCCACAGUAUUACUUGAUCUGAAGAGCUUUUUAAAAGAUCAGGGCUUGGGGGUGUUGAUCAAAUGGAAUCUUUAGCUUUUAUGUUUGAACAUCAACUACAUCUAUUUGAAGCUGAUUUAACAAAAUUCAGUCUGUUCCUGUCAAAGUUGUGAAGAGCAACCAUGACUGAAUGAGUGUUUGACUUCUAGCAGCCGUUUUCGAAGACUGACAAUGACUUACGUAUGUAAGUAGCAGGGACUGAUUUUUAUGAAAACACCGAUUUACCAAAACAUAAAUAUCUGCAUGAGCGUUGUGUUUUCAUAAUCUCAUCUUUAGUAGGCUGUGUGAUAAAUCCAGCUUCAGAAGCAUGUGUAACAUCUGUAGACUUUAUUUGUUAAUGGUUUUCAGAGUUAAUGUGUUAUCUAGUCAAGAAAACUUGUGUAAAUACUUUUAGUUUUGAGAAGGCUUUUUUUGUCUAAAUUGUCAUUUUUCUCCUAAUUUUCUUCUUGUUUCUUUGGCCCAUACUUCAUAUGGCUUAAGUCUUCUGCCCCUUUCUUUAUUUGGCUGAUCUCCGACUCCAGCCCCUCCAGAGGUUGAGUUGAUACUCACCCUAAAUCACAUCGUUGGACUAUCUGGUGUGGCCUGUGGCCCCCAGAAAAACAGGCGCUUCUACCAGGUAUGACAUUCCAGGGGCUUAAGAAUAACCUCCUAGGACCCAAGGGCAAAGACCAGACCUCUCUUUGGGCAAGGGUAAAAUCUUUACUGCACAGUGAGUUACCCCCCCAGAGUUGUCAGAUUCCCCUUCAGGACCAAGACACUCAUGCCUCAUGCCAACUGCUGGUUAUUUUGACUGCCGGCAACUCACAGAUAAGGUCCUCUCUAGGAACUGCGCUCGGCUGACGGGAGCGGCCUUGCCAAAGGCUAUACAGCGUCCCCAAAGGCAGCCUGGUCCUCUUUGCCUCGGUUUAGGACAACUCCAAAGAGCCAUCCCAUCUCUAGAGCUCACCGAAAGAUUGCGACUGCAUCACAGCUCAGCUCCUCCUCCCACCCGAUUCUGCUCCCUCGUUCCCUUACAAGUGAUGCUGCCCAGAACUUGCCCCCAGGAAACCUCCUGGCCACAGAGAUUCAUCGGAAUGUUUCCCAGGGAACCUUGCCCUUGCCUAGGACAGUGGGUCAUUUUGCCACAGCAGUCUCAAACCGAGAAAAUGUUUUAAUG